GCAUAAAUAUAGAAAUUAUCUUUCUCUCUUGCCAAGUACGUGAUACCUUCUUCGGAUCAUGUCGUAGACUCUAUUUGAAUUAUGUAUCCCUUGCAAAGUCCACUGUUGGCGCUCAACUCGCCACCAAACUCAUCUCCUACCGCCUUCGCCAGAACAUCAUGAGUACCGACCCAAACAACUCUUUUGCAACUCCAAGAGGAGUCGUCGUUCAUCAUGUGACUCAUCCCGAGAGGGACAAUGAGUUCCGUGCUACAGCGGUUUCUAGUGAAUUCCUCAAAGCGAACCAGAAAAUGUUUCGCGUACAAUGUACGCAGUGUCAAAUGUCAUUGGAGAAACCUUUGAAAUGUGCAAAGUGUAAGAGCGUUUGGUAUUGCUCAAAAGAGUGUCAAAGGAAACACUGGCCCACCCACAAACCGAGGUGCCACGAAGUCGAACGCUCCUCGGGAACCCUCAAAUUCAUACGAAUGUUCAUUCUGAACCCGAUACUCAUGGGGCUCCUCAAAAUUGGUGCUGUCAUCGACUGUGGCCUGCUUGACAAUCCCCGGAUCGGAUUCGACGUGCCGUUCGGGGUGCGCGUUGAUAUUGCCAUUGAGCCAAGUAAUAUCCUAGACUUCGUUGGAUUGUAUUUGGGCAGCAAAUCUCUUGGGGAGAAGCUUCAAGGAAUGGUGCAGCUCAAUGCCAUGAUGUCAUGGGAACUUACGUCUGAGCGGGUAGGCAAAUGGCGUGAGGCUCGGGCAAGGCAUGACGCAGAGGGUUUUGCCCAAGAUCCUGUUGGACUCGUAGAUUUCAUCGAUGCUAACUGCACAAAGGACUUUGGGAAUGCAAUGACCGCUGAGUUGCACAUCCUACCUGGUAUCCUUGACAUGGCAAAGCCACGAGAACAUGUAUUGGGCGUCUCUGCUAUCACGGGCGCAGAAAUUAGGAAACCCAUGAGUGCUAUGACAUGGCUAGAGACCAUCAACAUGCAUAUCCGUGCAGAUAAAGAUAAUCAGCUGCUCUUACGUACUGAGAUGACAGAUCAAGAUAAGGAAAUUAUUCGCGCUGCAGGUCGCAACGAGGACACAUAUCUGGCCCGCCUUGUUGAAACGAAGAUGCAAAGAGAACACCUGUAUGCCAAUAUUGUGCAACGACGCACUGAGUAGUUUACAUAAUGUGAGCAAACAUUCUAGGCUACUCGCCAGUCUUUCUGAAUCUUCGCAUCAAAACAAGGAAAUUUUGGCACGAGCGAUCUGUAUCCUCUUCCUUGUGACUUUCAAGUCAGUCUUGUACUGUGUUUCAUCCCAUCGAUGGGGCCUUAGUUCUUAUGUUGUAUCUGCCGAAAAUUUGACAUCUUGAAGAUGCUUGCAGCUCUAUGUAGUCGAAGAUUCAGUCCAUAUGGCUACCAGCACGAUCUUGAUCAGUCUUGGCCCUCAUAUACGAGUUCUUUCAUCUUAUCAUCUUUACUGACGUCGCAAAUUGACAAUAUAAUCGCUGGAAGAUCUUGCAUGGCC